AUGUCUACAGAUACUAUGUAUUUCAAUAGUUCCAGACUAUUGCCUACACAUUCGAAGAAUAAUUCGAGGAACUUUCCUAAAUUGAAAAAGAAUGAUUCUAACUUGAAAACGAAAAAUAUCAUCAAACAUGAAAGGAAAACAUAUGAAAUUCAACAAACUAAUAAUAAUAACAGCAGUAAUAAUAACAAUUCUGACAAUUUUUCAAUACCACAAAUACAAUCUUUACCUAAUGGGGAAAAACCAAACUUUGGUAAUAACAGUACCCACAAUCCCAAAUCUCCAAAAAAGAAAUCUCAUGGCGAGAACAAUAAUAAUGAAGAUUCAGAUGUUAUAACUUAUACUUUGAAACAACUUCUUUUAAAAUCAAAUACCAUAGAUGAAGAAAGCACAACAGAUCUUAAGCAGAUGAAGAAUAAGAAGAAAAAGAAGAAGAAUAGUGAUUCUCGUGACAAUAAAAAAUCAAGAAAGGACAGUAAUAGUAGUGAAACUAGUAAUAACAAUAAAUCUGCCAUUGCUACAACGUUCAAUAAUGAGGAUUCCAGUACUAAAAAACAUUUCUCCAAGAAGAGCUCUCAUAAAAGCUCAAAAGCUAAGGCAUUAUCUACUUCUACUUCACCACUUUCAACACCAGCUUCUUUGUCAGCGCAAUUAAUGACCAAUUUAGGUAUCUCUUCAUCAUCCAAACAACAAAAAAAUAGCGUUUCUAAUCCAUCUCCAUCAAUUAUUCAUCCUGCUUUGUAUUCCCAACAACAACAACACUAUCAACUGCAACAGCAACACCAAUAUCCACCUUCAAAUCCACUACCUGUCUUCCCUUUGCAGAAUCAAUUUCUCAAUCAGCAAAUACCUUUGAAACCAAUUUCUCCACCAAUGACUUUACCAUUACCAUUAAAUGGCCCAGGAACUUUACCUCUCCCAGGUUAUCCAUACGCAAAUAAUGUUAAUUACAAUUUAAUUUCUCCCUUACAUAACAAUAACAAUGACAUUAAUCUUCAUCAUCAACAACAACAAUUGACUGCUAUGAAUCAAGCUUUAACAGCGUCACCUCUAUUAUUUCCUCAGCAGUUAUCGUCAUUGAAUUCUACCACCAACUCUAAUAAUAUGUUUUUGCCUCGUCCAGAUUCUCAAUCUACAUCCAUUAAAUCUAUGAGUGUAAAUCAAUCUCUGUUAGAAGAACCAUUAUCAUCAAGAGAUAUAGAAAAAAAUUUAAAUUCCUUUUCGUAUACUAAUACUAAUUCUCAAUUAUUAAGACCAAGUUCCAUUCAAUCUGCCUCUGCUGGAUCUACAUCUACAUCUACAUCUACAUCUACAUCAACAUCAACAUCUACAUUUAAUACACCAAAAAAUUCAAGUGGAAAUAAAAAAAGACGUAGUAGUCAUUCGUUCGCUGGUGCAUCUUUCGCAACAGCUUUACCACAAGAAUGUAAUUUGCCUAAACCAAGUUUUAUUUAA